AAGCUCGACAAAUGGUCGUCAGGAGGCCAAGGCGACGUCUGCCUUCUGCCUUUCAUCCGACUAAUGGCGUCGCUGCGCUCGCGCCACAGAUCGUCUCUUCGACUAUCAGGCGACGUCGAUUUUUCAGCUUUGUCGGGGCUUGAAACAAGUCUUCGAGUGAACUUAGUCCCGCGUCCAAACGGAAUUCGGACAUGUUUGUCGCCAUUCUACACCGUGUUGUGCUUCAACGUCACACGAGUGGCCGUCAACGCGCAAACAAACAAACAAACAAUUAAACCCCCCCCCCCCCGUCUCAGCAGAGGAAGACCUCCCCGCGGAGACGAUCUGUGUUGCGUCACAUGAUGACGGUCCGCUCAUCCUCAUGAUUCGAACAACAUCUGACACAUGUCAGCGGGUCUGGAAUCCGAUUGUAGCGCGACGGUGGGGGGCACCACGAGCUGCAUUCGCACGUCAUUACUUUUUGCUGUUGUUGUUGUUGUUGUAGAUUGUGGGCGUUACCUUUCCUCCAGCUUCUUCCCACAUUCCAAAAACUUUCAAAUUGAAUGUGACCACUCCAUUAUUACAACCAGCAGACAUCCCGACACUUUCUUCUCUUUUUUUUCUCUUCUUUUUGCCUUGGGCUACUUUCCCAUUCCAUUGUGAGAUGCCGCCAAUUUUGUCUCACUCGGACACGAUUUGUGUGAACUCGCCACUCAGCUCUAUUUGCAGACGCGUUCUUGACAAAAACUGAUCGGUCAAAUAACAGCAGAAAAGCACCUGCACCAUUUGCACAAUCGACGCUCUUCCAGAUGCGCGCGAUACUGGUCUGUUGUGCUUCCAUUUCUUGGCGUUUAUAUGUCAAAAUGUUGCUGUUCAAGAGCCCACAACAACUACCGGCGACGACGGCGGCGGCUGACCAGAUGACUUUGGAAAUGUACUCGGUCUGAAAUGACAAGUUUCCCUGUUGAAAAUGGCAGAGUUGCGUGACGCUCUCAAAUCAUAUUUCUAAAGCCGCAAAAAGAUGAUGGAAUCGUCGCCGUCAUUCAAAGUUUUGUUUGCGUUUUGCGUGGAGCAAACGUUGAGCUUCUGACAAAUGUGCACAAACAUUCCGACGAGUUGUUGCCGCUCUUCUUGGAUGUUCCUUCAAAAAGUUGUGAAAAGAAAAUGGUCACGACGACGUCUGGUGUCAAAGUGUGGAAAAGCUCGGCCGGCGGGUCAAGCGUUGGCUCACCCGCGUCGCCCUGAAUCCGGACGGAGUCACGUGACCUUUGCCGCUUCGGGAGGCUGUUGAGGGCAAUUUUGCACAAUUGUUGCAGAAAGACGGGUUCGCGAGGGGACAGCUGUUGCUCGGGUCGAGGGCGGGACUCUGCGCGGGUCCAUCAAGUUCCCUCACGGCGAAUUGUCCCGUCCGUGUACGGAGGUGGCCCCUUUGCGGUCCACAAAGACGAGAGCGUUUGAUGCGGGUGGACGCAAUCCGGACCUGGGCCCUACAGAAUGGUUUUGGAUUUUUGGGACGGAUCAGAGCGGAGACUGCGAGCCGGCCGGGCCCUCUCGUCCAACAUCUGCGAAACCUCAGGAACGCGCGUCUGAAAAGGUUGUCCCGACUCCCCGUGAACGGAGCCCUUGCCGGAAGACGUCGCGGUGGCUUCCAUUCCUGUCUGAGCCCAAGCGGGAGAGUCGACCCUUUUCAAAUCUCAGACAAGCUAAUAGAUUGCACGGCGAGGUGGCGCUUGGAGUCAGAAUUGCAAAAAUAGAACCCGUUUGAGACUCCGGCGCUCCAAUACGAGCCGAUUGCCAGUCGCGAGUGAAAAUGGGAGCAAGUGGAUCUCAAAUUGUAACCGUGAACACGUCGUCCGAUUCCACCUUUUCUCCCGGUCGCGUUAUCAAAACUUGAGUCACGGCACGUCACGAGUCUGAGGGGCCGACUCCGCCGACGGGCGUCCCGAGCACAGGUGCGGAGGAACACGCCUAUUUCCUGUUCAAAGCUCAAAGUCCAUCCGACGCAAACGUCCGCGACGCCACACGGCACCGAGAGAACCUCGCGACCCUUUCCAAAGGCGGACAUCUGCUCAAUAAACGAGAAGAAGGAAGUCCGUCAGGAUCCAAACAUGGAAGCCUGACGGCCGACCGAGGCCGCGACAGCCAUCUUGGCCGCGCAGGCGGCCAGCGCCGCCCGGCGGCCGCCAUGGAGCCCGCAGCCGUGCACGGCGAGAAGGAGGCGCUGCAGCAGUUCUUCAGCGUCGGCUCCUUGCUGUCAAAGAGAAAAUGGAGGAGAGGGCCUUCAAAAGUCGACACCGGGUCAAAUCAAGUCGAGCUGAACUUUCACCCCAGAGGCCAGGACACACGUUUGUGCGCUCCAAGUUGUGCCUCGACGAAUCGGGACGCCACGUUGUUGUUGUUGUUGUUGUUGUUGAUGAUGAUGUUCGGGGCGAGCGAUGACGUCAGCGUGAUCCCGUGCAGGUCAGGAUGUGAGCCAGGUUCUGGACAGUUCCGUCGCCGUGGAUACCAGCCUCCUGGAGCAGUAUCUCGGGAGCGACUUCAGCGCUUUGUGAGACGUCGCACGCCGACCGCCGACUGUCGCGUUUUGCCGGACGAGGUUUACGUGCGCGUCGCGGACCUUGAUGCCUUUUUGUCUUCUUGCGGUUCGUAGCGGGCUUCCCGAGUCUCCUCCGGACUCUGACGUCUGCUCGCCCGAGCGGAUCCCGGGUCGGCGGUCGUCUCCGCCCACCGUCUCGCGCUCCGGCGCUAAUUCCAACGUGAGUGCAGGUUUCCAACCGGAGCGGACCUAUUGGGCCGGCCCGCCGACAGUCCCGCCGAUGCGCCCGGCGCGGCUUCCCCAUUUCGGCCAACCGGAGAGCUCCGGCUCCGGACCUUCCGACGGGCUCGACGGUUCCUGGACGCCUUCGGGAUCGCGCCCCCCAGCCCUCUGCUUGGCGGACUCCGCCUCCUCCUUGCAUUCCCAUUCCCCCGACAGAAGCAAAAGGAAACGAAGCGAGUCCCGGGACUCGUCGUCGUCGAGACCAGAUCAAGUCGCGCUCGGGAGCGACGCCGACGGCGGUCGAGGAGUCCCCGUUCCGGGCGGCUCCUUGACGUGGGAGAACUUCCGCCCGGCGGACUGGAACGCCAUGCUGGAUGCCAACUUGGGCGCAAUCUGCCCACCCGUCCUGGCGGUGGACACGGACAAAGGUUUCACCUUCUCGCCGGCCGACGACGCUUUCGUGUGCCAGAAAAAGAACCACUUCCAGGUGACGGUUCACGUGGGCGUGGCCGCGGAGCCGGCGUACGUGACCACGCCGCUCGGCGUGUGCCGGCCGGACCGUCUCGACGUCAAUGUUUUUGGCAUCAAGAUGGAAUCUCCCGAGCGGCGCGUGACCAUGGAGCAGUCUCAGGCCGACCGCACCAAGAAGCCGCUGCGGCCAGUCAGGGUCGGCGUAGCGACCGGCGGGGUGAGCAAAGUGACACUGGGACGCCUCCAUUUCAGCGAGACCACCGCCAACAACAUGAGGAAGCGGGGACGGCCCAACCCCGACCAGAGGUAUUUCCAGAUGGUGGUCGGAUUGUACGCCGCCACCGGCAGAGAGGGAGACGGUGACCAGUCGUCGUCGUCGUCCUUCCUCUUGGCCGCCCUCGUGUCCGAGAAACUCAUCGUCAGGGCUUCCAACCCGGGCCAGUUUGAGAUGGACAGCGACCCCCUGUGGCAGCGCGGGGCGGCGCAGGACGCGGUGGCAUGUCACGGCCGGGUGGGCAUCAACACGGACGCCCCCGACGAGGCCCUGGUGGUGUGCGGCAACGCCGCCGUCAUGGGCCGCCUCAUGCGACCCUCCGACCGGCGCGCCAAGCACAACAUCCGGGAGGUGGACCCCGAGGAGCAGCUGCGGAGGAUCACGCAGAUGCGAGUGGUGGAAUUCGACUACAAGCCCGAGUUUGCCUCCAGCAUGGGCAUCGAACACACGCACUGCACAGGUGUGCUGGCUCAGGAAGUCAAGGAGCUCCUCCCUUCGGCCGUCAAGGAGGUGGGAAGGGUCAGGUGUCACGACGGCCGCGAGAUCGACAACUUCCUGUUGGUGGACAAGGAGCAGAUCUUCAUGGAGAACGUGGGCGCCUUGCAGCAGCUCUCCAAGAUGACCGACAGCCUGGAGACUCGCGUCAGCGAGUUGGAGGUGUGGAAGCGACGCCUCGCUAAGCUCAAGAGCCUGACGGGCAGCCUGCGCUCCGCAGGGACGUCGAGGAAAGCCAGCACCGCGUCGGCGUCGGCGCAGAGUUUGCGCUCCGGUCCCAGAACCUCGGAGGCGGACGGCGACGGUUGCGUGUCGCCGAGGAUGUUCCGGGCCGGCGUCCUCACGCUGUGCCUCGCCGUUGCGGUCUGCAUCAUCACCGUCGGCGCCGUCCACCUGCUCCACGUGACGCAACACAACGUGGACUCGUCGCCUGGCGUCAGUAACAGCAGCGCACUUCCCGUCCUGACCACCGCGAGCAGCAGCGCAGCGCCGCCCGUCACCCCACCGGGGGCCUGGCCCCCCGACGUGCACUUCUGCCACCUGCUCUACUGCGACACCGUGUACUGCUGCCCUCCGCCGCCGGACGGCGGCCCGUCGCAGGCGAACCGCGGGGCGGAGAAAAACCCAGACGACUUCCUCCAGAAGCUCCAAAGCUCCACAGAUUGGACAAACACGACCAUCCAGUCCUUCCUGAUCAAAGAGAACCAGCAGGUGAUCGACGGCCGCUAUUGCGUGCGAGACGAGUGCGGACCGGACCGGUUCGUCUUCCAAGUUCCCGUCAGUCCGUUCGUCCCCGUCAACAUGCGAGUGACGCUCCUCAUGAAUUCCACAGAGCUGCUGGUGGUGCACCUGUGCGCCUCGCACGAGUCGUCCACCUGCGGCGGAAACCCGCUCGGCGCCGGUCGCUAUCCGCCCAACACGCAGGGGGAGCACGAGUGGCCGCUGCACGUGGCUCGCCUCUACCACGCCUCGUACCACUUUCGCUCCACGGUGGCCGGCCAAGCCGACUGCAGUACCGACCAUCACUUCGGGGGGGCGCUCUUCACGGACUACCACUUCUACUUCUACCGCCGCUGCAGCAACUGACGACGCUUCGCUUUUUUUUUUUUUUUUUUGCAGUCUAAAAAAUGUCAUUGGGAG